AUGGAUCAGGACAGAGUGUUGAUGGAAGAUAGGCUAUCGAAUUUGGAGCGACAAAUUUCCGUAUUUGAGCGGAUGGUUCAUAUGUUAAGCAGUUCUUUGGAUCACCGAUUUAAAAAAUAUGACAUGGUGAUAUGCUCGCAACAACAGCAGAUAAGUGAAUUAAAUGCAGUGAUUUCAACUUUUCUCAAUGACGAGUAUAGGCAUGCUGGAAUAUUGCGUGAGAAGCUCACGGGUACGCUGCACGGCAUCUCCGCAACAGCAGCAUCUAUUGGUAGUGUCGUUAAUACGAAUGGUAGAUACGUUCCUGACAGCACCACACGAGCGCUGGACCCCGACGGGAUCUUUAGUGACAUUUUGGGAGAAGAAAGCCCUCAUAGCUCAACUAGAAACUCUAGUAAGCAUAGACCCGAUGACUCUGGCCCUUUUCACCAACAAUACGGAGGCACGACGUCAUCACAGUCAGUGGCGCCAAUUCAGCACGACAGCGCUUCUGUAACGGUCAACACGCAUAUUGGCAAUAAUAAUGCCAAGACUAAUGGUGCUGAUGAGCUUAAUAAUAAUAGCAAGAACAAUAACCAUAAUGAUAAUAAUAGCAGUAGCAAUAAUAAUAAUAAUAAUAAUAAUAAUAACAAUAAUAAUAACAAUAAUAAUAAUAACGGUAAUGGUAACGGUAACGGUGGCAGCAACAGGAGCAAUAACAACAACAAUCACAACAACAAUAAUAAUGAUCACCACACUAGUGAUGGGAAUAAGGUCAUCUCGCAUACUGAUGAUCGUCAGUUAUCAAUGCUCUCCUAUGGAGAUUUUGAUCAUAUACAAGCAUCAGAAAAAACAAAUCCAGGUCAUUCUGUGGCCGCUCAAACGCAUUUUUAUGAUAAUCAUCACACACACGAUGGCCACGGUAGGCGCCUCUCAGCAGAAGAAUGUGAUCAGCAAACAGAUAUUCAAGCACAAUCAAACGGUGGUGGGAACGAAAUGGGCACAGACCUGAAAGAAGAGCAAUACCUCACCAGCAAGGGUCGUAAGAGAAAGAGAAGUGUGUAUGUGGGCAACUUUCAAUUUUUAAAAUCUCCACACUCUGUCAUGGAGGUAUGGAAAGAAUACACGCAGGGUUUCAAUGGGCAGCCAUCUAUACGGGAGAUGGAAAAUAUAUAUCAAACCGGUUGGAGGCGAGAUCCAGCGGUCAACAAAAGGUACUCGAGGCGCCGAGUGCUCUGUAAGGCUAUUGAGACCGGUUUGGCAAGAGGUUUUUCGCUAGAUUAUAUCGUGAACAUUUUGGAAGAUUAUCGCUACAUCAAUCGAGAAAAGGGUUUAAAACAACCAAUAGGUUGGAUAUGUCAAGGUCAGAAUAUACCGGAAAGCCUGAGAGGCUAA